AUGGCGGCCUCGAACCUGGAGAACCAGCUGCACAGCGCGCAGAAGAACCUGCUGUUCCUGCAGCGGGAGCACGCGGGCACGCUCAAGGGCCUGCACGCCGAGAUCCGGCGGCUGCAGCAGCACUGCACAGAUUUAACGUAUGAGCUGACCCUCAAGAGUUCAGAGCAGACAGGGGACGGGUGCAGCAGCGAGCUGCGGAGACGCUGCGAGGACCUGGAGGCCCAGCUGCGGGCGAAGGAGCAGGAGCACGAGGAGCUGCUGCGCGAGCUGGAGCAGAGGGACGCGGCCAUCGCCGUGCUGGAGACCACCGUGCGGGAGCGCGAGAAGCGGUACCUGGAGGAGCUGAAGCUCAAGAGCCACAAGCUGAGCCUGCUGUCGGGGGAGCUGGAGCAGCGCGCCGGCACCAUCGCCUACCUGACCUCGCAGCUGCACGCCACCAAGCGGAAGCUGCUCGGCGCCAGCGGCACCUCGGACGGCAGCCCCGGCGGGAGCCCCGUGCCGGCCGGCUACAAGCCCGCGCCCCCCAAGGACAGGCUGCCCGAGACGCCCCGCCGCCGCAUGAAGAAGAGCCUCUCCGCCCCCCUGCACCCCGAGUUCGACGAGGUCUACAGGCUUGGGGGCGAGAGCCGCAAACUCCUCCUGCGGGAGCCGCUGGACGCCAUGCCCGACCCCACCCCGUUCCUGCUGGCCAGGGAGUCGGCCGAGGUCCACCUCAUCAAGGAGAGGCCCCUGGUCAUCCCGCCCAUCGCGUCCGACCGCGGCUCCGGCGAGCGGCACAAGGUGCACGUGGGCGUGGCCCACCGCAUCCACCACGUGGCCCCGCCGCAGGCGCCGCCCGAGGUGGAGACGCUGGCCGUGGACCAGGUGCGCGGGGGCGCGGCCGUCAGGAAGAACUCGGGGACGGACAGAACUGUGUGA